AUGACUAUCGAACAAAAGACUAUCUAUGAAAGGGUGCAAUACAUCUACUCGCGCAACAACAAGACUAUUCAAAACCUUAGAAUACAAAAAUCGGCUCGUUUGAGCAAAGAGGAGGUUUUGGAAGACUUACUGGCUGCAAAAUUAGACAUUGAAGCUCAGGAAUGUGGUACCGAAGGCUUGAUCGUAAAAGUCGGUGAGAAUUUGAAAUAUUUCGAGUUUGAAAAGGAUGGAAAGUUUAUCGGUUUUGCGACCGAGAAGUUUUUUCCCACCAAUUUCGAUGUAUGGUUUUUGACCACCAUGCUCAAGAACAGUUCAAUUGACUUCAACUUUGCCCUGGAAAUUGAAAUUGGUAGGAAGGAAGCCGAAGCUAUAACAAAAAUUUUUGAAACAGAAAUUAAGAACUCUGCGCGCACCGAUAGAUGGGAAGAGGGCCGGGAACAAUUCGUUGAAAACGUACGCUUCUUUACCUCCAGGGGCUUGCCUGUCAGCGCUGUUCUUCCAGCAUUUCCGUGCAAAUCCUUCAAUCUUGAGAAAGUACACUCUCCUCAACCGGAUCUAGGUGAAGAACUUGCUAUUCGCAGAAUCAUCGAGUUUGUGGUCCAGGUGAACAAGGUGUACUCACCAGGUGUGCAUUUCUAUAUUGUAAGCGAUGGACAUGUUUUCAGCGACUGUGUGAAUGUCGAUGAUGACGUUGUUGACGAAUUCACUCAGGGUCUCAAGGAUAUUUAUGACAGAGUGAGGCCUCAGGGCUUUGACGGACUUUUCUUCAAAGGUCUCAACGACUGCUUUGAGUCUCAUUGCAAGGCUGAAAUUUCCAAUGUAUUAGAUGGCAUUGAAGUCGAUCAUUACUUGGAGACAAAGCUUGAUAGAGAAACUGAACUCAACCGUAAGAUCUUGAUGCUUGGUUGUGACGACAGCGCCGAGCUCAUCAGAGAGCAGAUCCAAACGCCCGGCCACCCUCGACUUUACUUAUACAGAGGAUUCAACAAAUUCAUGAAAGAGGAUUUGAUGAGCACUCCUGCCGCCAAAUUGUCUUCGCAAAAGCGGUUCAAGAAGAUGGUGUCUAAUGUAUCGUUUGAGAUGAUCAGAAGAAAUGAUGCCUACUCCAACUUGGUUGAAUUGGUCUUUCCCUUCCACUUGCGUUUGUCGAUCCAUGCACACACCAACUCCGGGCCAAAAUAUGGAAUCAGAAUGUUGAACCCUGAAAUUUGCCGCACUGUCAAUCAUGACCAAGACGAAGAGGACAAAUUGCUUCACAUCCCUACGCCUUGGCAUAAUGCUGUAUUUAAAGUCAGCGAUGAGCAAAAGUUCAUCAUCUCCAAUUCAAAGCUUCACGAAAGAUUCGAGGCAGACGAGAACUACACCGGUGGAUGGAACGAUAACCAAAGAUGUUUCGUUUACAUCCGUACAACUCAGUAA